CUGUGCUGUCACGUUUUUUAGGUGGCAGUCGAUAUGGAAUUUGCCAAAAACAUGUAUGAGCUGCACAAGAAGGUGUCUCCUAGCGAGAUCAUCUUGGGCUGGUAUGCAACAGGUCAUGACAUCACCGAGCACUCGGUCCUGAUCCACGAGUAUUACAGCCGGGAAGCGCACAAUCCAAUCCACCUCACUGUGGACACAAGUCUCCAGAAUGGACGCAUGAGCAUUAAAGCUUAUGUCAGUGCUCCAAUGGGGGUCCCUGGUAAAACUAUGGGCGUGAUGUUCACACCUCUAACAGUGAAGUACGUUUACUAUGAUACAGAGCGGAUAGGAGUGGAUCUUAUCAUGAAGACCUGUUUUAGCCCUAAUCGAGUGAUUGGCUUGUCCAGUGACUUGCAACAGGUGGGAUCAGCCUCAGCCAGGAUUCAGGAUACCCUGGCCAUGGUGCUGCAGUAUGCAGAGGAUGUACUGUCUGGCAAAGUGGCUGCUGACAACACUGUCGGGCGAUUCCUGAUGGAUCUUAUUAAUCAGGUGCCAAAGAUUUCACCAGAGGACUUUGAGACAAUGUUGAACAGCAAUAUCAAUGACCUCCUGAUGGUGACCUACCUGGCAAACCUUACACAGUCACAGAUUGCUCUCAAUGAAAAACUUCUGAGUUUAUAAAGAACCUUCUGCCAUCCUACACUUCAAAAAGCCUGAAGAAGGAGCAGACACUCUUUUAUGAUGGUGUUACAGAUUUCAUUGGACCGUAAUUUAAUUACCAAAUGACUUGGUUUACAUCUUUAUUUCCAUUUCCCUGAAAAAAUCCCUAACAUGGUUUAGGAAAGGAAUAGGAAUUGCCUAAUGUUUAGUUGUGCCCAGUAUUUUAAAAGGGAAUAGGUGAAUCUUUUUUUUCUCCUGAGUUUAUCUACUUGUAUGACAAAAUACAGCUUUACUGUAAGAAUGUAUUUGAAAUAAAAGUUCCAUUCCAUUGGCCAGAAUGGCUUCUGUCCAGUGA